UCCACGACCUUUUUAGCCUGAAGGCACGCACAACCCUUCCUGCUGCACAGACACAUACUCCGGCGGUCCGGCCUCUUUCUUUCUCACCCAUCAGUCAGGCCGCGCGUCACCACCUUUCUCAUCUGCGCUCGGAAUAGCCGGUCAUGAUGAGCAGCAGGCUAAGCGGCGGCACGAUGGCACCGGUUAGCGACAUGACCGACUUCGGUUACGCUCCCAUGCAGUCAUACCCCAACUUUGAGCCGGCUGGCAUGGUCAUGCCUGGAGACCGGCAGCCGCCCUUCCAGCACCACCACCUCUACGACAGCCUCGACUUCAACGCCGCUGCAUUCUCGUUCCAAGACCCGGUCGCGCUCUUCUCCAGCGGCUCGGCGUCCAGUAACCAGCUCCAGCAGCCGUUCCUCCAGACGCAGGUCAGCAUGCCGACGAUGGCGUCGUCGUCGCUGCUGCAGGCGCCGAUGAUGACCCUUCCGGGUAUGCUGACGUCUUCCUCGGCGUCGCCGGUGGACGCAUACACCUUCGGUGGCGGCGGCAGUGCUGGGUUCCUGAAGCGGGAGGAGGGUGGCCCCUUCUCGGACGUCGGCGGUGGGGGGAGGAUCGGGCUGAACCUCGGCCGCAGGACAUACUUUUCCCCGGCGGACGUGCUGGCCGUGGACCGCCUGCUGAUGCGCUCCCGCUUCGGCGGAGCAGGCGCAAUGGGCAUGCUGGGGCUGGGGCUCGGCGCCGCCGCCCACCACCACCAGACCCCGCGGUGCCAGGCUGAGGGCUGCAAGGCCGACCUCUCCGCCGCCAAGCACUACCACCGCCGCCACAAGGUCUGCGAGUACCACGCCAAGGCCGCCACAGUCGCCGCCUCUGGCAAGCAGCAGCGCUUCUGCCAACAAUGCAGCCGGUUUCAUGUGCUCGCUGAGUUUGACGAGGCCAAGAGGAGCUGCCGGAAGCGGCUCACAGAGCACAACCGGCGCCGCCGAAAACCCGCCGGCGCGCAGGGCAAGGACUCGCCGCCGCCUUCCAAGAAGGCAGACGCUAGCAUCACCAGCUCAUACACCGGCGAUCACAGGACCAACAAGUCGACGACGGGCGCGGCCUUCUCGCCUAGCGCCAGUGGCUUCAGCUGCCUUCAGCAGCAGCAGCAGCAUGAGAUCGACAACGGCGGCCAGUCGAGCAACGCCACGCCGACGAACCUAUCCCUGGCGGCGCCGCCGCCGCCACCGCCGCCUCAAGACGACGCCCGCUUUGGCGCCGGCCUUGACACCAUGCUGCUGAUCCAGCAGCAAGGGCCCGAUGAGCAGCAGGAGGAGGAGCAGCAGCAGCAUUUCAUGAUGACCUCACUCGUGCAGUCGCAUCGCCAGCAGCAGCAGCAGCAACAGCAGCAGGGCGACAGCGGCAACAUCUUGUCGUGCUCGACGACGUCGCCGUCGGAUCAGCGUCGCCAUCAGAACGACGGCGACAGCUGCUGCAACGGCAACAGCAUGCAGCAUUUCUUCGAGGUGGAGUUCAUGUAAUUCGAUGCAUGCAUCCAUUGCAUGAAUGAACCUGGCCUGGCCUAGCCUAGAGGUGGUUUGACUGCAUAUCGUAAGGUGUGCGUGCAUGAGGUGAAAUAGAAAACAAGCUGGUUGCAUGCACUAGGCUGGGCAUGGAGUAUAGCUUGUAUAGGGUACGUAGGCGUGCCGCCUUUUUCUUUCCCGAUUUAAUUUCCUGACCUUUUCUGCUUACUGUGUUUUUAAUUGUACUUUUCG